ACGAAAAAGUUCACGUGUUUCACGCGCUGGAACGACGAGCCUGUUACCUGGGGAGAGGCGAGCCCCGGGUUCAGUGUACGACGGAGGCGGGGAAAGGACUGAGAAGCAUUAGGAGGAGGUUUUGCUAUAAACUCGGUUCUCUUCAACUGCUGGUGUUGUGAAUUACUGUGUCACCCUUGUUCUAAGCAGGGACACCUCCCUAACAGCUUAUUCGUCAAACUGCAUCCAAAGUAAAACAAACAUAGGGUAGAAGGCGCAACCCGCUAGCGAGGCGAACCGGAAAGAGCAUAUACUGCUCUCGCCGCCAGUCCAGGUCCCUUCCGCCGCGGGACGCGCGGUUGCAUCAAAUGUGCGGCGCCACGCUGCCGGUGUGCGCAUGCGCGGGGCGCGAGCGGGAAGAUGGCGGCAGGGUUCAAAACAGUGGAACCUCUGGAGUAUUACAGGAGAUUUCUGGUGGGUAAAGAAAGAGAACUGCCGUCCUGAUGGAAGAGAACUUGGUGAAUUCCGAACCACAACUGUCAAUAUAGGUUCAAUUAGUACAGCAGAUGGUUCUGCUUUAGUGAAACUGGGAAAUACUACAGUAAUUUGUGGAAUUAAAGCGGAAUUUGCAGUACCACCAGCAGAUGCCCCUGAUAAAGGGUAUGUUGUUCCUAAUGUGGAUCUCCCACCUCUGUGUUCAUCGAGAUUUCGCUCUGGACCUCCUGGAGAGGAGGCACAGGUGGCUAGCCAGUUCAUUGCAGAUGUCAUUGAAAAUUCACAGAUAAUUCAAAAAGAGGACUUAUGCAUUUCUUCUGGAAAGCUUGCGUGGGUUCUGUACUGUGAUCUCAUUUGCCUGGACUAUGAUGGAAACAUUUUGGAUGCCUGCACAUUUGCUUUGUUAGCAGCUUUAAAAAAUGUACAGCUGCCUGAAGUCCGUAUAAAUGAAGAAACUGCUUUAGCAGAAGUUAAUUUAAAGAAGAAAAGUUACUUAAAUAUUAGAACUCAUCCAGUUGCAACUUCCUUUGCUGUGUUUGAUGACACUUUGCUGAUAGUUGACCCUACUGGAGAGGAGGAGCAUCUGGCCACAGGAACCUUGACCGUAGUAAUGAAUGAGGAAGGCAGGCUCUGUUGUCUUCACAAACCAGGUGGAAGUGGACUGACUGGACCUAAACUGCAGGACUGUAUGGGCCGAGCAGUUACAAGACACAAGGAAGUAAAAAAACUAAUGGAUGAAGUAAUAAGGAGUAUGAAGCCCAAAUAAACCACCACAUUUUAAAAACAGAUUUGUAAAAACUAUAUUUGUUGGACUGUGCACAAAUUUUUUAUACUAAAUAAAUAUUAAACUACAUUCUUCUGUAAAA